CGUUGAUCUCUACCAGUAUCUCCAACCUCUUUAGAACCUACGGAUCCUGCUACUACGAGGUUGCUGCAGCGGCGGCGAUCCCGGUGCGGCACCUGUGGCGUCCGCGUUGUUCGCCUUGGCCUUUUGGACCAACUGAGACAGCAGGGAAGUUCAUUGUUAUCACUUCACACUCUACCCCCGCUGUCUCAUCCACUCCUGUUUUUCAAUCCUGUUGAUCCAUGAGUCUACUGUCGUCAACCCUGGCUCAGUCAACCUUGGCCAAGAAGGGUUCGGUUUACCUGGAUUCUGUUGCCAACAACCUUCUCGCGUCGCUCCACAGUCUACAGGAACAACUUGCCCCCCUCUCGUCAACCAAGUUUCCCUCCCAAAUUAGCUCUCUUGCACGACAUUUUCAUCUAGAACAGCUCGUCACAGUCUCUCCGGUGACCUUCCUUCUCACUGUUAUCACCUGUAUAUCCACCUUCAUCGCCAUCAUGAGCUGGCGCAGCCCGUUUGGUAUCUUCCGCCGCUCCCCAUACAGCAACUUCACGGCGGUGCCACAAGUCAGCGACCGGGACUUCAGUUACAUUACGCCCGACGAGCUUAUCAAUCCCCCUUCGCGCGAAUACCGAGAAGAAUACCCAGCAACCGGUGAUGCGGGGCCGGAUAUUCUCUUACUCAAGCAUCGCGGGACCACGUACCCGUUACACUUCCCCGCGUAUGCGAUUGAUGAUGGAGCGCUCACUGUCGGAGAACUGAGACGGCGUGCUGCGGAGGCGACUGGCUCACUGGACCUGAAUCGCGUCAAGCUACUCUACAAGGGAAGGCUGCUAAUGGACGAUUCCCGACCGUGCAAGACAGAGGGACUGAAGCAGCAAUCGAAGGUGCUCUGUGUGGUGUCGGAAGUGGACCCAGGAGAGAGCACAGCGAGUGAGGUCUCUGACAGUGAGCUAGAGAGGGCCAGCGACGCAUCUGAGAAGAAUGGUCGCCAGACGGAAACCAUCACUGACAGCAACAUCGGCAAGACGCAGAAUAAAAAGAGGAACAGGAACAGGAAUAGGAACAGGAACAAGAAGAACAAGAACAGACAAGCAGUAGAGGUAUCCGCAGUCCAAUCGACUCCCUCGUCGGGUGGAACAGGCUGUUCAUCCCUACCACCUCCGAGUCCCAAUCUGAAAGACUUCAGCACGCCUCUCGAGCAAGUCAAUGCCCUGGUAUCAUACUUUCGGAGCGUACUAUUACCCCUCUGCAAUGAAUACGUUGCCAACCCCCCGCCGCUUGGGAAGGUGCGGGAUUUUGAGUACAAGAAGUUGAGUGAGACUGUUCUGGCUCAGGUCAUCUUAAAGGCAGACGGCAUUGAUCCGAGUGGUCAUGAAGAAACUCGGACUGCGCGCCGAGCACUUAUCAAAGAGGUCCAGGCAAGCCUCAAUUCUCUUGAUCAAGUUCCAAGAGAAUGAGUCCACUAGCUGGAUCCUGCUGCAACGGCCUAAUCCUGAGUGGGAGGGUCUCUGGAAUGCAUUCGUCCUUCAGUCUAGUCUUUUUUUUUUCUUCCUGUAAACUUUUUUUUAAUCAUGGUGCAUGUACAGGGCUUUUCAUAUUUCUUGGAGAUAUGGGAGGGUAGUGCAUGGUGGGCUGACGGGGCUUUGGGAAACAUCGAUAGACCUUAAAGCAUGGAUACAGGGAAACAAGAUGUUGCAGGAUAGUCUACGAUCCUAGUAUGAAAAGUGAUAGAGAGUAGGUCUAUACAUAUCGCAUUUCUGUAGAUGAAGGGUGAUCCAGCUUGUCACCAGCAGUAUAAGCAGUAGACGAAGCAGGGAAAAUUGACGAUGUUCGCGGUGGAAACAAGCAGCGUAAAGCAGUGAGCAACAGGAUUUCGU